UGCUCAGUGGAGGUGGAGAUGGUGCCAAAGUCUGCUGGCCACAUAGCUGCAGGCCCCAGAGGGUGUCCACCUGUGUGCCGGCGCCUAUCUGGCGCCUGUCUGCCACCUCCAUGGCGAAGGGGACACAGGUCCCUGCGGAUGUGAUGGCCCAGUUGUGGCUGUCCUGUUUCCUGCUUCCUGCCCUUGUGGUGUCUGUGGCAGCCAAUGUGCCCCCGAAGUUCCUGGCCAACAUGACAGCAGUGAUCCUGCCCGAAGACCUGCCUGUGGGUGCCCAGGCCUUCUGGUUGGUAGCUGAAGACCAGGACAAUGACAGUCUGACCUAUGGGAUGAGCGGCCCCAAUGCCUACUUCUUCACGGUCACUCCGCACACUGGGGAAGUGAAGCUGGCCAGCCCUCUGGACUACGAGACACUCUACACAUUCCAAGUCACCAUCUCCGUGAGCGACGGCUCCAACUACAGGCAGAAGGAGAUGCAGGUGAUCGUCGAAGACAGAAAUGACAACGCACCCGUUUUCCAGAACACCGCAUUCUCUACCAGCAUUGACGAGACCCUGCCAGUGGGCAGCGUGGUGUUCUCCGUGCUGGCUCAGGAUAAAGACACGGGUUCUGCGGGUGUGGUCGUGUACACCAUAGAGAAGGUCAUCCCCAGCACUGGGGACAGCGAGCAUCUCUUCUCGAUCCUGGCCAAUGGCUCCAUCGUCCUCAAUGGCAGCCUCAGCUACAACAACAAGAGUGCUUUCUACCAGCUGGAGCUGAAGGCCUGCGACAUGGGCGGCAUGUUCAACAACAGCUUCGUCAUCCAGUGCUCCGUGCCUGUCUUACUGUCCAUCUCAGUGGUGGACCAGCCUGACCUGGACCCCCAGUUUGUCAGGGAGUUUUACUCGGCAUCUGUGGCUGAGGAUGCAGCCAAGGGAACCUCGGUGCUGAAGGUGGAGGCUGUGGACGGUGACAAAGGCAUCAAUGACCCUGUGAUCUACAGCAUCUCCAACUCCACAAAGCCCGGCUGGUUUGACAUUGGGGCAGAUGGGGUGAUCAGGGUCAAUGGUUUCCUGGACCGUGAGGAGUUGCUGGAGGAGGGUGAGGAGGUGCAGCUGCAAGUUACGGCCACCGAGACACACCUUAACAUCCACGGGCAGGAGGCCAAGGUGAGCACGUGGGUGACAGUGAGUGUGACGGAUGUCAACGACCACAUACCUGAGUUUUACAACUGCAGCCUCCCAGCCUGCACCUUCACCCCUGAAGAGGCCCAAGUGAACUUCACUGGCUACGUGGACGAGCAUGCCUCCCCUCGCAUCCCCAUCGACGACCUCACCAUGGUGGUCUACGACCCAGACAAGGCAGGCGUGGUGGCAUGGGCGUGGGCAGGGGGUAGCUGGGGAGGCCAGUGGGAGCCUGGAUCAAGUGCCGGUGUGAUGUGGUGCUGGGUGGCGGUGCUGGUGGUGCAAGGUGUGGUGAUGGAGAAGGGGGGCGCUGGGUGCUCUCUGGAAACCUGUGUUGGUAAGCAGUGUCAUCCUCUGGGCAAUCCGUGCGGGGCUGAUAGAAAGGUGUGCAGCUCCCAGUUAGCGGGUGGGCAUCAGACAGUCACCCACCUGUGCUAUGUUGAGGCCCAGGGAAAGCACCACCCUGGCCUGGAGUUAGGCAGGGAAGGUGUGAGGGCCCACGACAAUGAUGAACCGGGCACCAACAACAGCCGUCUGCUCUUCAGCCUGCUGCCUGGCCCCUACAACCACAACUUCUCCUUGGACCCCGACACAGGGCUCCUCAGAAACCUGGGGCCCCUGGACAGAGAGGCCAUUGACCCCACCCUGGGGGGCCGCAUCGUGCUGACAGUGCUCGUGUCUGACUGCGGUGAGCCUGUCCUCACCACCAAAGUCAAUGUCACCAUCACUGUGGAGGACAUCAAUGAUAACCUGCCUAUCUUCAACCAGUCCAGCUACAAGUUUAUGGUGAAGGAGGAGGAUCCAGGAAUGCUAGUGGGCGUGGUGAAGGCCUGGGACGCAGACCAGACAGAAGCCAACAAUCGCAUCAGCUUCAGCCUGUCGGGGAGUGGUGCCAACAACUUUAUGAUCCGAGGCUUGGUGCUGGGGGCUGGGUGGGCUGAGGGCUACCUCUGGCUGCCCCCGGAUGUGAGCCUGGACUUCGAGACACAGUCCGUCUUCAACUUGACAGUGAGUGCCGAGAACCCAGACCCCCAGGGUGGUGAGACCACAGUAUAUGUCCUCGUGAAUGUGGAAGAUGUGAACGACAAUCCCCCCACCUUGGAUGGAGCCUCACUCCGGGGCAUCCAUGUGGCUGAGAAUGGCUCACAGCAUGGCCAGGUGGCUGUGGUGGUUGCCUCGGAUGUGGACACCAAAGCCCAGCUGGAGAUACAGCUUGUGAACAUUCUCUGCACCAAGGCCGGGGUUGAUGUGGGCAGCCUGUGCUGGGGCUGGUUCUCAGUGGCGGCCAAUGGCUCUGUGUACAUCAACCAGAGCAAAGCCAUUGACUACGAGGCCUGUGACCUGGUCACACUGGUUGUGCGGGCCUGUGACCUCACCACGGAUGCCGGCUUCCAGGCCUACAGCAACAAUGGGAGUCUCUUCAUUACCAUUGAGGAUGUGAAUGACAAUGCACCCUAUUUUCUGCCUGAAGAUAAGACUUUUGUGAUCAUCCCUGAACUCGUGCUGCCCAACCGGGAGGUGGCUUCUGUCCGGGCCAGAGACUAUGAUUCAGGGAACAAUGGCGUCAUCCUGUUCUCCAUCCUCCAAGUAGACUUCAUCUCUAAGGAUGGGGCCACCAUCCCUUUCCAAGGCUUCGGGAUCUCUACCUCCUCUGAGGCCGACGUGUUCACUGGGAGCAUUCAGCCUGUGACCAGCCUUGACUCCACUCUCCAAGGCACCUACCAAGUGACAGUCCAGGCCAGGGACAGACCUUCUGUGGGACCUUCCCUGGAAACCAACACCACCCUGAAUCUCUUCACCGUAGAUCAGAGUUACCGCGUGCGGCUGCAGUUCUCCACACCACGGGAGGAGGUGGGCGCCAACAGACAGGAGAUUAAUGCCGCUCUUACCCAGGCGACCAGGACUACAGUCUACAUUGUGGACAUUCAGGACAUAGAUUCUGCAGCUCGGGCCCGAGCCAACUCCUACCUUGAUGCCUACUUUGUCUUCCCCAAUGGGACAGCCCUGACCCUUGAUGAGCUGAGCUUGAUAAUCCGGAGUGAUCAGGACUCGCUGACGCAGCUGCUGCGGCUGGGGCUGGUGGUGCUGGGCACCCAGGAGAGCCAGGAGUCAGACCCGUUGAAUCAGCUCAUCAGUGUCAUCAUAGGAUUGGGAGUGGCUUUGCUGCUGGUCCUUGUGAUCAUGACCACGGCCUUCGUGUGUGUGCGGAAGAGCUACAACCGGAAAAUUCGAGCCAUGAAGGCUGCCAAGGAGGCUCGAAAGACAGCAGCGGGGGUGAUGCCCUCAGCCCUUCCCAUCCCAGGGACUAACAUGUACAACACUGAACGAGCCAACCCCAUGCUGAACCUCCCCAACAAAGACCUGGGCUUGGAGUACCUCUCCUCCUCCAGUGACUUGGACUAUGUCAGCCUCAACUCCCUGGAUGACAACUCUGUGGAUGUGGACAAGAACAGUCAGGAAAUCAAGGAGAUGUGCCAUAGGCCACCACCACUGGGGCCAGAUCCAGAGCCCCUGACCGUGGUGCUGUCAGGAUGUCAGGCAGAUGUGAGCAGACAGCAGCUGGAGGAGCUGUCCUACACCAACGCUGGCCUGGACACCACGGACCUGUGACAGGGGCCCCCACUCUUCUGAUCCCCCUUGAAGAGGCCCCACCACACCCUAACUGCACCUGUCUCCCUGGAGAUGAUAAUAUAUCAUGCUGCCCUGCCU